GCUAUCUUCCCCGAAGUCACAAUGCGCUUAUAGCAAACAAGGCGCCAUGUUGACGAGCGACGAGAUCCUAGAACAGGCUGCACGCGAUGGCAGCAUAGACAUAUCUGAAUGGCCGCGAGUAUUGGAGAACAUCCUGCAGAAACUACACAACAUUGUGCACAACGAAUUCCCGAUACCCAAAGCACCGCCUCUACCAGCGCCAAUUCUACCUGUCGCGCCGGUCAUCCUCCUCUCAAACGAUGAAUCUGCACGUAAAACAAAGUCGCCCGAACCUUCUGCCCAAGUGAAGGACGCUUCAGAGCCGCCAGCCAGCACCGACAAAGAGAACACUGUUCCACGUCCACCAGUUCCGUCCUUUGCUGCAAUCCCAAAACUCCGCCAACAGUCGCCAUCCUCACCUCUACCACCAGACCUCUACACUCUCUACCACUACUCCCGAACUACCCUCGAAAACAACUUUCCCAACCAUCCGCCCUACACGAUACAGCGCCUCGCAGAGCUAGUCUUACAACCAAAGAGAUACUAUCGUUACCUGCCGCCCUAUCUCGCCGCCCUCGAUCGCGUUGUCUGCGUCACCAGUGCCGUGAACGAGUUCCCUCUGGCUCAUGCCAAUAUCGAUUCCGCAAGCGGCUUCCUCGCCAAUGGCGAACCUAGCGAGAGUCUCACCGAGCGCGAAGGUCUAGGAAGCGACGAAAGCUUGGGUGGCGCACUACUCACACCCAUCCCCUGGCUGAAGCGCGAGAACGGCCAUCACGACUUUCGUAGCGAAAGCUCUCAGACAAUCGAAGGUCCCAACGGCGCAGGCGUUGUCGAAACCGUCUCUGUAUCAUCCAACGGCGGAUCUGCGUCGCCUCAAGAAGAUGACUCCAGGAGUCACGAACAGCAUCUGCGCGCAGAAGGCGGUGUUACUCAGGGCGAAUUGUUACGUCAAGAGCAAGAAGCGGGCAUCGUUCCGGUUGGCCAAGAAGUGCCUCGUCGUACCUUGAUGGCCAGUGGGUCUGCCUCUGCGGUCGGAAGAGGUGAAAGCACGUUGGCGGCAGAAGAAGAAGAGGCUGGAGAGAAGCCAGAGGAACAUGCGCACGCGCGUGGACCGGAGGAAAUCGGUGCAGAAGACAUGGGUCCACAGGAUACAGCUAUCGGUGUAACACGACCCUUGAACAUGGAAGCUGCAGCUGGAAGAGCAACCAAGGAUUCAGAAGAAGGAGCUACGAAGGACACCGAAGAUGAGGACAUGCCAGACGCCGCUGCUUGAUGUUGAGCACCUGCAGUAUGUCAAUCGGUCGCAUGCAGCUACUCUGACCAUAGUUGCUGGUAAAUACCUAGCGAUAACAACGCACAAAGUAUUUGCAAUUCCCAGAUGUUCGAGUGAGAGAGGGAGACAACCGGACUCUCAGUUUGCCCUGUUUAAAAUCUCAGUAUUAUUGUGCGAUUCGACAGAUGGAUUAUCGCGUACCGUCAUGGCUGGAGAGACGAGUUGGCGAAUUUGGAUUGCAUCGCCAGGGUCACCCCAAUUACUAGCGAGCGCAGACAACAAUCACAAUUAUCUGCUUCGUUGGUCAUUCUAUAUAAUUGAACUUAGCAUCUAGGGAUACAAAUAUAUCCGUGUCUAUACCGGAG